CGCCUUCCCCUCCAACCUCCUCAGUCCAAACAAAGUGGGUUUUAAAAGGGUUUAACAGAAACUGAAACUCUUAAAUUCUACACACCUCUCCAUCUCAGAUCCUGACCAUGAAAAGAGAUUCAAUCUCACUGCUCUCAUGCUUUGCUCGCCAUGGACACGUUGUCUAUAGAAGUUUACAUUUCUGAAUUUUCCUCUUCUUCUGUAUCACUUCUCUCGCCUGCCCAGGACCUCAAAUCCUCCAGCAAAACCCAUGGCUUGAUCCACCCAUCUGGAAUUCUUGACACCCUUGUGGAGAAAUCAGCUCAGUUGUCUUCUAGGUAGAGUAAUGCCAAACAAAAAUCUGAUCUUGAAAAGGCUUUUGAAUCUGCAAAAACCACUGAGGAGAUGCUCGGAGCUUUUAAAGAAAUGGAGGCUUCAUUUGAUGAUAAGGAGCUUGGAUUGGCUUCGUUAAAAGUUGGGCUUAAACUUUUCCAAGAAGAUGAUAAACCCUUCUUUACCUGUUGCCAUGUCUUUACAAUUAUUGGGUUCCGUUAAGUUAAUUAUAGCUUUAAAAAGUUCAGUGAUAGUUUGGGAUAUUAUCUUAAAGGGCUAAUAUGUUACUACUUACUAGUUAGGUUAGAGGAAGAGGGUGUUAGUGUUAAAGAUAUUAGACCAGUGUUGAAGACAGUGGUGCGGAGGAGGAAGGAAGGGCUUGGGAAACUUAGGAAAUGUGUGGAGAUAAAGGAGAUCAUGCUCGAGAAAGAUAGUAAGGAACUUGGCGUGGCAUGUAGGAAUCUAGCUGAGGCCUAUAUUGCAGUUUUAAAUUUUAAAGGAGGCCUUGCCAUAUGGUUUGAAGGCAUUGGAGAUACAUAAGAACGAAUUGGGGGAGAACUCAGUGGAGGUUGCACAUGAGGCUUCUUGGGAGUCAUUUAUAUUGGGUUGGAGGAGCAUCAGAAGGCACUAGAGCAGAACUUGUUAUCACACGAAGUAUUGAAGAGUUGGGGGUCUUAGUUCUGAGUUGCAUCGUGCAGAGCAGAGGUAGAUGCUACAAACAUGCAGAUUGCGUUGGGAAAGUUUGAUGAAGCUAUUAAUACUGUAAAGGGCGUGGUUAACCAGACAGAGAAAGAUGGUCAGAAUCGAGUGCUAAUUUUUAUUUUGAUGGCUAAGCCAUUAUGUAAUCAGGAAAAGUUUGGAGAUUCCAAGAGAUGUUUGGAAAUUGCUUGUGGGUUACUUGACAAGAAAGAAAUGGACUCCCCGCUUGAAGUUGCUGAAGCAUAUUCAGAAGAUAUCCAUGCAAUAUGAGAAAUGAAUGAAUUUGAGACUGCAAUUUCCUUGCUAAAGAGAUCAUUUGCCUUGAGAAGCAAUCUCAAGAACAGCACUCAGAGGGCAGCGUUUCUGCCAGACUAGGGUGGUUACUCCUGUUGACAGGUAAGGUGCUACAGGCAAUUCCUUACUUAGAGAGUGCAGUGGAGAGAUUGAAAGAGAACUUUGGUUCCAAACAUUUUGGAGUAGGAUAUAUUUACAACAAUCUGGGGGCAAUAUAUUUGGAGCUAGACAGACUGCAGUCUGCCGCACAAGUCUUUGCAGUUGAGACAUUACGGAUGUCUCAUUUGGUCCCAAUCAUGCAGAUUCAAUUGAAGCUUGUCAGAACCUUUAUAAAGCAUAUGGUGCCAAGAAAAGGCAAGCAACUAGGUUUUAAGGAGGUCAAAAUGUGAAAGAUCCUGGGCUAUACCUUUGCAAUGGAAUUCCAGCUGUGAGUAAUUGACAUCUGGGAAAGACGUGGACCAAGUGAAGAAGAUGAGCUCAAAGAAGCCAAACGACUUCUUGAAGAAUUAAAGGAAAAGGCCUAUGGUGCAUCCACAAAUGAGGUUCCCAUGAAGGCCUUGUCGUUGCCCUACACUCCAUAAUCUUAGCAUGUCCUUGUUGUCCAUUCUCUGUGCUCGGAGUUUGUCAUUCAAGUGAAAGCAAGGGAAAAUUCAACACCAUGAUUAUGCUUGAAUCAUAAUCAUACCUUGGCCCUAGCUCUUCGUCAGCAGCAAAAUUAAGUACUUCCAAGAGAAAAGGAAACCAUGGUUAUCAUUCUAAAUGUUGACAGACACCCAUCGUUCUCACUUAUAGCCACUCAUUUCUGGGGGUCCCUUUCCCCAUUAUACCUCUACCCCGCACUUUUCCUUCUUUUCCUUCUUUUCCUGUCAUUUCCUCCCUCUGGAACUCUAGAUAGCAGCGUGGAUGCAAUCAUUGUAAUCAUCACGAACAAGAACACAGAAAAAUGGACAUACAACCUUAUCUAUGAGAUGGUAUGAGUAUAGGAAAUUUACAUGUGGGGUUUUCUUCUAAUUAAGGGAGAAAGAGCUU